CCUUUCUCCCUUUCUCUUGUCUUAUUUUCCUUUAUAUUCUGGCCCCGCUGUAACUGGCUACGCUGUUGCAGGGUCCCUGCUACUUUUUAUUUUUUGGAUUGCGGUUGCUUGCAUUUUGGCGAAGUCAUAGUUAGUCAUAGUUACUAACUAUGGCGAAGUUAAUAAAUAGUUUGAUCUGAUUACACCUUCUCGCAGCACAGAAAGCGGUAACCAGGGAUCGGCAUUCAAUAACGAGCAAUAACUCCUCACCAAGUUCUCCUCUACCAUCCCGUACCUGGUACGGGAUGGUAGAGGAUGCACUCCAUCUGUAAUGAAAUCAAAACUAGACUGUCGACUCGUGCGGGUAACUAUAGUUUGGGGUUGAAAUAGAGACCAAAAAAAAAUACAGUAAGUCAGUUUAAGUGUAGGUUUAUGGACGAAAACAUAGUACGUCAUUAAAUUUAUCAUUUAUAGUUAUGUAAAGGUUACGUCAAAUAAAUAAAUGCUAUCACUCAUAUUUUUAGACUGAGCUUAAAUAAAUUUCACAUCAUUUUCCAAGGAAUUACUAAAACAGACAUUUUCAUUUGCCUUUCAAAGUUGCACCUGCUGCUACCUUCUGGGAAUUCAUGGGAAGAAGAGGUUUGAUAAAGAUGAGCUGCAUAGACGUUUGAAAUAAUGAGGUGACUCGAAAUAUCUUUGUUAAAGGCAUCCAGACAUCGCAUCAAAUGAAAAUUGUGUUAGAACUGCUGCGUCGGUCAGUCUUUUUUCUUGUUUCACCGAAAUUAGCCUAGGCUUUUUACAGACGAAAACCAGUUGAUCUCCACAAGCGUAACGUUAACCUCCCGUUUGUGUUCCGCUAUCAACUCUCCUGAUGCGUCACAUGCGCAAUGAUGUCAUGAUCAAAAAUGAUCACAAAGCUUUUACAACAGGCUAUUCAGUUCAUGUUGCUUCUUGAAGAAGAAGCAUAACAAAGUCACUAGACGAUAACCGGGAUAAUCAUCAAAAAGAGGCCACCACAACAGCGGAAAUCUAAAGCGGGACAACCAACAGGUCUUAAAGAUGUCGAAUUGGGGUACGACCUUGAAAUUCCGUAUUGCUUGCGAGGCAGGAGACUUCCUCCACCAUAGUCAUAUCUACCACAAAGCUAUUGAUAUGUACAAAGAGGCUCAAGUCUUGUUGAACGAAUUUGGAGUCGAAGUUGAAUUUUGUAAUUUCCACCAAAUGUUGUUGCAUUACAAACUAGCACGUUCGUACCUCGCUGUAGAUAAUUUUAAGGAAGCAUUGAAAAGCUACCUAAGACUUUUAGAAGUCAGUAAAGAAGAUGGGAAUAAAGACUGGGAACUAAGAGCAUAUAGAGACAUCAGUAAAGUGCACCAUUCAAUGGGCCAACAUGCUCAGUCGAUUUUCUUUCUACGAAAAUUGGUUCAAAUCACAAAGGAAACUGGAAGAAAAAGGAUGGAAAUAGAAGCUUAUAGAGAAAUGGGUCAUUCUUAUUACAGUCUGGGUAAGCCGGAUAGAUCCAUCGAAUGUCACGAUGUCGCACUGAAAUUCUGCAGAGAGAUCGGUGACAAAAAAAUGGAAGGAGGAAUACUUGUUGAGCUUGGUGACAGAUACAGAAACCUCGCUCGUUACCCAGGAGCUAUCAGAUACCUGGAAAGGUCAUUGGAAAUAUUCAAAGAAAUUGGCGAAUGCAGAGAAGAGGGAUAUUCGUAUCUACACCUUGGAUUGACUUAUUACGAGAAGGGGGAUUAUAGCAAAGCACUAGAAUGCCAUUUCCAGUCGCUGAAACUGAUGACAGAGCAUGGAGGCGAGGUAGAUAUAGGUGUUAGCCAUAAUAACAUCGGCAAUGUAUAUCAUGCGAUCUCCCAGAACAAUGACGCACUGGAGUACUUCAAAAAAUCUCUUGAAAUUAUGAAAAAAUGUGGAGACAAAAUGAAAUUAGGACUAGCCCAUCACAGCCUUGGCCUUUGCUAUAUUCCUCUCGGUCAGUUCGCAGAAGCUAUCGAACACCAGGUUGAAGCAGUGAAACUUCUAGAGGAAACUGGACACAAAUUCGAACUAGGUCGAGCCUAUAGUGUUCUAGGUAACGCAUACAAUGCAAUUGGCCAUAAAAAGGAAGCUAUGAAUAGUUUUAAGAAAGCUAUUAAGUGUGGUCAGACGAUUGGGGAUAGGAGAAAUGAAACAAUUUCCUACCUUGGCCUUGGAGAUGCGUGUAUUUGCCUGGGAAACCUUGGUGACGGAGAGGUGUAUACGAAGAAGGCUCUUACACUAGCCAAGGAGACUGGAGAUAGAUACAGCGAAGCCAUGAGCUACGGCGGUCUGGGGUUCUGCUACAUGUGUUGGGGUCGAUUUGAAGAGUCUAUUGAGAACUUUAAUUUGGGGAUUGCUAUCAAACAAGAAAUGAAAGAUAGAAGAGGCGAAGCUGUAGAUUUAAUUAAUCUUGGAUCUGCUUACGAGACCCUUGGAAAACUGAAGAAAGCAAGAAAAAUCCUCCAGAAAGCCCUAAAGAUUACAAGAAGUAUUGGAGACAAGGGAAAAGAAUAUGAGGCUCUUACCUUUCUAGGUAUUUGUAAUAGGAGAGAGGGAGAACUAAAGAAGGCGCAUGAUUACUUUUCACAGAGCAUUAAUUGCGCUGAAAGGAACCGCGACCUACUUCAAGACGAACAUAAACUUUCUCUGGACAACAUAACCUUCACUUGCUAUUACGAAUUAUGUUCGCUUCGUAUCAGUCAAGGACGUUUUGCUGAGGCGUUGUGUACCUUAGAGCGAGGACGUGCUCGAGCUCUUGGCGACUUACUGUCCAAGAAAUAUGGUAUCAGACGACACGAUUCACACGAAUUUUAUCUGCAUAGUGUCAGGGAUCUUUCUAUCAAGAAUCAAAGUACGAUCCUCUUCAUGGCUAAGCAUCAGCUGGACAAAUAUUUCUGGGUUUUGGAGGGUGGAGAAAUUAAAUUCAAGUCUUUGAAAUGUGAAGUGGUAGAGGACGUCAUCGACUUGUUCAAGGGUUUGCUAAGAGGACAAUCUGUGUCUGAAUGUGAAGAUCGCUCAUUGUCAGCAUACUAUGGAUUAAAACCAUCGUCGGAAGAAAUAAAAGACAAACGCGAGCAGCGCCUCUUCGAAGAAGAAGAAGAAGAAGAACAUGAACAAGAAGGAAAAAAGGAGGAUUCUAGCCUUUACCAGUGGUACAAAGAUAUUUUCGCCCCUAUUGCUGAUCUUGUUCAGCGUCAAGAAAUCAUCAUUAUCCCGGAAGGUAAACACUUUUUGGUGCCAUUUUGCGCAUUAUGUGAUAACAACGACAAAUUUCUGUCAGAGACCUUCCGCAUUCGCCUGAUUCCAUCACUGACAGCACUAAGGAUGAUCCAAGACAGUCCUGUAGACUAUCACAGUGCAACUGGGGCGUUGAUCGUAGGUGAUCCCUCUGUUCCUCCUCAAACAGAGUUGCCGUCAUUGCCAGGGGCCAGAAGGGAAGCAAUGGAAAUUUCAGAGUUGUUGGGUGUGGUAGCUAUUGUAGGAGAUAAAGCCACCAAAAAAGAGGUCCUCCGACGGAUUCGAGAAGUCAGUUUGAUCCACAUUGCUGCCCACGGUGAUGCAGAAAGGGGAGAGAUCGCUCUUGCCUCAAAUUGUCCCUCCAGACCAACUCUAAGGAAGGACGACUUCAUGCUUACCNAUCUAUUGAUGAUGAAACAUGGAGAAGAAGUCGGUCUGGGCGUUUCCUAUAACAACAUUGGUACUACUUAUCAUGCAAUCUGUAAAUACAGGGAAGCACUUGAGUAUUUCAAAAAAACUCAUGAAAUUAUGGGAUAA